UAGCAUCUGUUAUAUAUGAUACAAGCGUUUACAUUUUUCUCUCGCAGGCAGUGUCCAUUGAGAGGAAUAGCUGGUAACUGGCAGCACCUUGCUCAUACCCCCGGCAGUCUUGGCUGGCAACUGGCAGCACCUUGCUCAUACCCCCGGCAGUCUUGGCUGGCAACUGGCAGCACCUUGCUCAUACCCCCGGCAGUCUUGGCUGGCAACUGGCAGCACCUUGCUCAUACCCCCGGCAGUCUUGGCUGGCAACUGGCAGCACCUUGCUCAUACCCCCGGCAGUCUUGGCUGGCAACUGGCAGCACCUUGCUCAUACCCCCGGCAGUCUUGGCUGGCAACUGGCAGCACCUUGCUCAUACCCCCAGCAGUCUUGGCUGGCAACUGGCAGCACCUUGCUCAUACCCCCGGCAGUCUUGGCUGGCAACUGGCAGGACCUUGCUCAUACCCCCGGCAGUCUUGGCUGGCUCAUCACCACAGCUGCGUCACUCAUUCUUACAGUUUUCACAUUUAACGAGAGGCAAGAUGAGUGGGGAUGCGAGAGACAUAAUGUUCUUCAGACUGUCUCCCAGUGACUACGAUCAGAGUACGAGGCUCAUCGCAGACCACUUCAUGAGGAGGAACCCACUAUGUAGGGCCAUUGGACAGAUGGAUCUGGAAUCUUACGGAGAGCAGUUUCUCGUAGACAUCAAGAAGUGUCUGGCGUCAGGUGUGUCUGUGGGAGCCAGAGACAGAGCUUCACAGACACUGGCUGGCAUCUGCCUCAACUUCUCACUCGAUCUGGACGAGGCACAUGACAUGUCUAACAGUGACUCGGAUAUGUGUGUGGUGUACCGGGUUAUGGCGAUGCUGUCUGCCGGCACUCGUGUCUUUCAGGAGUUGAAGGUCCAUCGUGUGCUGGACUUGUUCACUCUCUGUGUCCACCAGGACUAUGAUGGUCGCGGCCUCGGUAGCAAACUUAUCGAGAAAUCUGUGGAGGCUGGUAUUGAAGAAGGUUAUCAAGUAGCCAGCGUUCACGCUACCAACAGCAUCACUGCGAAGAUCUGCACUCGCCAUGGCUUCCGCAUUGUCAGCUCUCUCGACCUGACCACCGUGGCUGACCAAAUGGGCAUUGACACCGACCUCAUACCCGGCGACACCGAGGUCAAGAUGUUGAUCAAAGAACUUGACUCUGAAAACUCCAAGCCUGACCCUCAGUCUUCCUAACUCAGUCGUGCCUAAUAUAAGCUGGGUAUCAUGCCACAUCUUGUCCAGCAAAAACUAUUUUAUAUUUCUCGACAUGAGCUGCUAUAAUGAUAAUAAUAAUCUUUAUUUUCUACAAGUACAUGAUACAAAUUUUACAGAUUUAGCUGACAUCAAUUGGACAGGAAAAUAACCAUGCCACUUAUAAAUUAAAUAAUAUAGAUCUUAUUACUGAUUGCAAAAAGGAUUUAGGAGUUCUGGUUAGCAGUAAUCUAAAACCAAGACAACAGUGCAUUAGUGUUCGCAGUAAAGCUAACAGAAUUCUUGGCUUCAUAUCUAGAAGUAUAAAUAAUAGAAGUCCUCAGGUUGUUCUUCAACUCUAUAUAUCCUUGGUUAGGCCUCAUUUAGACUAUGCUGCUCAGUUCUGGUCACCGUAUUACAGAAUGGAUAUAAAUGCUCUGGAAAACGUACAGAGGAGGAUGACAAAGUUGAUUCCAUGUAUCAGAAAUCUUCCCUAUGAGGAUAGACUGAGGCCCUGAAUCUGCACUCUCUCGAAAGGCGUAGAAUUAAGGGGGAUAUGACUGAGGUGUAUAAAUGGAAAACAGGAAUAAAUAAAGGGGAUGUAAACAGCGUGCUAAAAAUAUCUAGCCAAGACAAGACUCGCAGCAAUGGUUUUAAGUUGGAAAAAUUUAGAUUUAGGAAGGAUAUAGGAAAGCACUGAUUUGGUAAUAGAGUCGUGGAUGAGUAGAACAAACUCCCGAGUACCGUCAUAGAAGCUAAGACGUUGUGUACUUUUAAAAAUAGGUUAGAUAAAUACGUGAGUGGGUGUGAGUGGGUGUGAGUCGGACCUGACUAGCCUGUGCUAGUAGGUCUGAUGCUGUGCUCUGGUAGGCAAGGCUCUUGCUUUACAUGCUGAGGGUCUGUAUUUCGAUUCCCGGCAAGGGUGAAAACAUGGUGGUAGUGCAAGCCUUGAAAUCAUGUCCUUCGUUGCCGCAGGUCGAACAGAACUUCUUAUCCUUGGUAGGACAAUCCUUGGUGAUGUGCAUAUAAGAAUAACAGCUGUAACACUGUGUGAUGUGCUGGAAUCUCUCGGCUUCAGUGUAACUUGGGUUGAUAUGGAAGUAGUGGAUUGCCAGUCCCUCUACCAGAGUUCGGGCUGCUAUGUUGACAUCAGUGUAGGUGACCUUGAGCACUGAAGAAUCGUUGGAUAUUUUGGUAAUAUGUUCCACCGUGGCCCAAGGGUUCUGGUCUUCUAUUGAUGACUUAAUUUCUUCAAUAGCCUGGGUAGUGAUGAGCUUAUCCAGUCGCUUAAGGAACAGUUCUCUUGGCCCUCAAAGCUGGGGAAGACAUGACUUGAAGUCCUCGUUGGUUAAGAGUGGUUGUACCUCAGUGGUGAUAAGUUUCUCGACUUCGAUGUCGUCAGAGCAGACUACAACGAAAGCCUCUUGAAGCGAUGGAAUCGCAUUACAUUUAAACUGCAAUAUGCCGCUAAAGGCAGCUACAAGUGCUAGUUUGGACUGUCCCACUUCUCGGUUUGAUCUUCACAAGGUUUGAGAAAUGCAUCAUGGAAGCUGACGUCGAAUGCAGAAGUAAAAGUUCCCCUUCCCAACGGGGAUCUCAGGGUUUUUUGUUGGGCGUGUUUCCUCACACCUGUGGUCCUUGUUGACCCAUCAGUAAAAAUGGGUACCUGGACAAAAUUGACCUAAUUUACCCUAAAUGCUCAGCAUAACAAGCGGCUUUCUAUAUAGUAGUAUGUCAUUGAUGUCAGCUAGACCUGUAUACCUUGUACAUGUACUUGUAGUAAAUAAAGAUAUUAUUAUUAGUAUGAACUACGUAUGUGGCUUCAUAUUUCUCAACAUGAGCUGGGUAUUUAACCACAGCUUACCCAAGCUGGGUAUCAGUAACACCACCACUGUCUUGACAUACUGUGCAUGCCUGGGUAUUUCCAAUCGAUAAAGUGUGACAGGGUGCUGGUAAGAGGCUCUUAAUCCAAGGAUAUGGAACUAUUCUCCCUUUCAUUGAAUAAAAUAUGAUUACCACCCAUUCCACAGGCGCUGUAUGACUUAUGAGUUGUUAAUUUAGUUCUUCAGAAAUCUCUCCUAUGAAUGAUUUCGAAUUUAAAUAUUAUAGUUGGAAAGACAUAUCUUUGUAGGUGUUUAACUUGGCCUAACAUAUGUGUGUGUAUAAAUGUUUUCCUUUUCCCGACUUUCAUUCUUCUUGGCCAGACUGAAGAUUUCCAGGCUUGGAACAAUCACCUACGUCACUCAGGUGUGGUCAGUCUUCCUGGCCGCCUCGCCAAAAGUCUUACCUUUAAAGCUUUAAUUUUGGGGAAGGUGAGGAGCUGAUCGACCUUUUUACACCAUCUCUGAUUUUUAUUUCGCACUUUUUCUAACCCCAAACUCCAUUAACCAAGCUUCUGUAUACACCACCACAAUGCUGGGACCUGUUAGAGGCUUAGAGUUUUUAAAAAAACAACAACAGCAACAACAAUAAUAAAAAUAAUAACAAUAAUAAUCAAAAGAAUAAUAGCAAUAAUCUCCAUUAUAUACCUAAAAUUAUAAAGUUUUUUUUUCCACCUCUUCUGGAUCUUAAAGCAUUGCUAGCAAAGGCUUUUGCCACAGGAUAUGUACACUGAGGUGUAUGUCUCUCAGUGUAUACAUGCUGCCAGUUUACUGUAGUCCCUAUUUUAAGGGUUAAAUUGUUCUUGUUAAGUGGCAAAAAGGUUGUCUUUCAUUCAUGAAUCACAACUUCUCUCUAAACCUGAUGACCCCCAUUACCCACGUAACAAAAUGCGACAUCUAUUAGCAUAGUCUCCAGAGGAUACAAGGAGGUCAACUUACUGAUCUUCCUCAAGCAUCUGGCAUGUUACUGGUUUUGUAACUAGUCGACUUUGUUCAACGUUUUUGUGUCAUCUGCAUUUCUCUGGCUUAUUUCUAUGGCCUUCCCAAAACUCAUAAACCUGACAUUCCUCUUCGUCCCAUCAUAUCCUCUGGAGGUUCUAUCUCUUAUUCUCUUGCUUCUUGGCUGGCCAAAACCCUCACUCCCUUUCUUGGUACUUUUUCUCCUGCUCACCUCCGUCACUCUCAAGACUUCAUUGAACGGGUUCGCUCUCUCCUGACCUGUAAGAUGCUUAGUCUUGACGUUGAGUCCCUCUUCACCAAUGUCCCUCUUGAUGAUGUCCUUGAUUUUCUUAGAGAGAAAGCCAAUGAAAGGUUGCUUCAUCUCCCUAUACCUACUUAUGUCUUUAUUUUAUUCGCCUGCGUGUGUGUGUGCGCGCCCUCGUGUGUGUGUGUGUGUAUGUGUGUGUGAGUGCGCCCUCCUGUGUGUGUGUGUGCGUGGGCCCUCCUGUGUGUGUGUGUGUGUGUGUGUGUGUGCGCGCGCUCGUCUGGGUGUAUGAUCCACUUAAUAUUUCUACUUAUAACUCAUUACAAUUGUGACCAGGUGUGGACGUGUCAGUGGCUUAUUACUUUGCAAGUUGUUUAAGACUGUAACCUUGUAUAGGAGUUAGUUUAAUAUGUUUAUUAUGCACCCCAUACCCAUCCUGUGGGCGGUAGUCAAAAGAUUACAGAGGUACAUAAUUGGUCCAGGGACUGGACUCCAAAGUUUUGAUAGCUGAGCAAGUUACAGAGGUAAUGAACUCACAAUUUACAAAGGUAAUGAACUCACAAUUUACAAAGGUAAUGAACUCACAAUUUACAAAGGUAAUGAACUCCAGGUAAGUCUGGUCACAAUCAUGACAAGUUACAAAGGUAUUUACAGAUUACAGAGGUACGUAAUGGGUCCAGGGACUGGGCCCCCAAAGUUUUGAUAGCUGAACUAGGUACAAAGGUAAUGAGCUCACAAGUUACAAAGGUAGUGCAGAUGAUUCAUUACCUUUGUAACUUGUUCAUGAUUGUGACCAGAUCUACCUGGAGUUCAUUACCUUUGUAACUAGUUCAGCUAUCAUAACUUUGGGGUCCAGUCCCUGGACCCAUUAUGUACCUAUGUAAUCUUUUGACUACCGCCCACAGGAUGGGUAUGGGGUGCAUAAUAAACAUAUUCAACUAACUAACUUCCAA